AUGAAGUCAGGCGACUAUAAUUCAGAACCUCUUAGACCGGUCACGGCAAAUCCAGCCCGCGCCGGUCGCAGAGCGAGUAGCUAUCUGGUUUGGCGACAUCAGCAGAGAGAUAACCUUUCGGGUGAUGGCGACUUUGCCCAAAAUUUUAGCGAGCUAGUGGUCGAGGAGAAACACGAAAUAGAAAAUGGCGUGUCUAGACACGGUACAUCGUUCAAGCAGAAGUUCCGCAGGGCAUCCUUGACGUUGAUGAGGGGCAUGGUAGGUCGUGAUCGUAGACGCUCGGAGACGGCUGUUGAUUACCAGGAUGAUCGGCCAACAACUGCACAUUCGGCCUGGAAUCGGUUACGACUAGCCACUACUUUUCGCCAUCCAAAGACAUCCCAUGAUGAGCGAGCUGUCCUUGAGACUAUCUACUCGCCUCUCGAGUCUAACUUUCCAGCAUAUCCAGUCCCUGGCCACGGAUUUGCGCCUCCGAUUAUUCCACAUCAUACAGGCGCUGCUGCCAAAGCUGCCGCUGCAAUACAGAACGAGUACCUAACGUUCACACGGCACCACUAUCUUUCCGCAGACGAGUUCAAUGACCGUGAGAGCGGCAUUGGAAUCGCUGUUACCACUAGCGAAGCUCAUAGUGAUGCUAUGAUGAGCGAGAACUCUACCGUCGUCAGAGUUGACUUCAUCCGUGAACUGCCUCAAGAGCUGUCUAUUCAUAUUCUUUCAUAUCUCGAUGCUGCUCAGCUAGGCGUCGCCAGCCGGGUAUCUAAUCUUUGGAAUCGGGUAAUUCAGGACCAGUAUAUUUGGCGACAAUCGUUCCUGAGAGAGAAAACUCAUACCUAUGCUACUAGUCUACCUGUCCAGCCAGGAGUUGGAGCUGGUGUGCCCUCUCUUCGUCCUAGCAACGAUUGGCAGAGAGUUUACCGGGCGAGAGAAGAACUUGACCGACAAUGGAAGAUUGGGACACAGGCUCGGGCAGUUUAUUUGAACGGACACUUGGACAGUAUAUAUUGUCUGCAAUUUGAUGAGAAUAAAAUCAUAACGGGUUCGCGGGAUAAGACAAUUCGCAUAUGGGAUAUGCGCACCCUACAAUGCCGCCUCGUCAUUGGACCACCGGAAGUAGUCAAUGAGACUUCUAUCUUAUUCGAUCCGAACGGCAAACCGAUACAUUACGCUUCAUCUAUUGAUAAUCACCGCUCCAACCCAUCAGUGCCUGUUACUGUCUCGUUUCCAGUUCAUCACAAGGCCUCAAUUCUUUGUCUUCAGUACGAUGAUGAGAUACUCGUAACUGGUUCCUCAGACUCUACCUGCAUAGUCUACAGUGUGAAGUCAGGUUAUCGCCCUGUUCGACGUCUUCAGUGCCACACUGCAGCCGUACUCGAUUUGGCUUUUGACGACAAGCACAUUGUUACUUGCUCCAAGGACAUUACUAUUUGUGUGUGGGAUCGUGAAACAGGUGCGCUGCUCAAACAAUUACGGGGCCACACUGGGCCCGUGAAUUCGGUACAGUUGCGUGGGAACACGAUUGUGUCGUGCUCUGGGGAUUUUUCAGUGAGACUGUGGAAUAUUGACAGUGCUAAGACGAUCCGAGAGUUCGCAGGCCAUACUAAAGGUCUUGCUUGCAGUCAAUUUUCGGAGGAUGGGAGGUUUAUCGCUUCUGCGGGAAGUGAUAAAGUUAUUCGUAUCUGGGAUGCUAAUACGGGGGAAUGCCUCCGAGACAUCCCAGCGCACGAUAGUCUCGUGCGCAGUCUACAUCUUGACAGCAUCAGUGGUCGCCUCAUCAGUGGAAGCUAUGACACUGACAUCAAGGUUUUUGACAUAGAUACUGGAGAGCAACUACUCAACUUUCCGAGGUGGCAUGCCAGCUGGGUAUUAAGUGCCAAGUGCGAUUACCGACGGAUUAUCAGCACUGGCCAAGACCCCAAGAUUCUAAUCAUGGACUUUGGAGCGGAUAUCCCAGAUAUUCAUCUGCUCGAAAGCGCAAGAAAAUAUGAAGUUGCCUGUGAUGCUGGAUUCAUCUAA